AUGGCCUCGUCCGACUCGCCCGCUCGGUUCGACUUUGGGUCCAGCUCGAGCACGUCGACGAUGCCCUCCCUCGCAGCGUCGGCAUCGGCUUCGAGCUUCCCGUUCAACUCGCUUAUUGCCGCUGCCUCCGCGACCGUGCCUUCGACCUCGCUCGGUCGUCCCUGGUCGAGCAACGCCAAAUCGACCUCGACCUCAACCUCGACCUCGACCUCGACCUCGACCUCGACCUCGACACCGAAACCCAAUACCGUCGCACUGGGGAGAACGCGUUGCUAUUGGUCCAUCUUGUCGCCGUCGCUUGAUUACAUCGCCGUCGACCCCAUCCUCGAUGCCCAUCUCAAGGAGCAAAAGGACCGCUUCCUCGGCACCAACAUGCUCGACUACGUUCACCCCGACGAGAGGGAUGCGUUGAGGGCCGAUCUGAUGCCGAACCCAGGAAGGGAUGGUCACAGUGGGAUCGAGCAGGCCGGUAUAUUCGGCAGUGUAACGAGGUCAGUCCAUCGCAGCUUUGGCCGUGGUCUCUCUGUCCCCGAGGUGCUGACUUUCGCUCUCUCCGAGAUUUGACCAGAUGCCGCUAUUCCCGAGUACCUCGGAUCCGCCAAAUGCUUGGAGCGACCGAACCGGAGACGGACCCAGAAGCCAAGCUUAUCGCGUACGACAGUGAAUACCUCAGCAUCGAUAUCACCACUUCCUGGAUCGGAGGUGGGGAGACCGGCUUCGGCUCCGGCAAUGGCGACGAGUUGCGUGGGGCCGUGUUGGCUUUCUUUCAUGCCACAGCUGACAAGGACGAGGCACGCGAUAACGACGAGUCGCGUCGAAGCCACUGGUCCAACUGGUGCGGGCCCCGCAGCGAGGAUGGUGGAUAUCUGGAUCGCGCACGCUGUGUCGAACUUGAAGCCGCCCUCGCCCGAGCGACCUCGUACAAUAUCUCGUCUCGACACCAGUCACUGUCGGAAGGACCCCCACCUCACGUCUUUCAGAUUAUCAACACCGAUGGCCACCUGAUCGUAACAUUUCCUCCUCCCUCGACGCCCGCCCACGAGUACGACCCUGCCGAGUACGCUGCCUUGGGCCAACAAGUCGUCAACAAGCCGAGGCCGUCGCACGAGAGUCGAACGAGCUGCACGCGCCGAUACCGCGACAAGCACCCGUUGCUCAAGUCUGGAUCGCUUGUCUCGAUCGAGUCCGUUGUCAUCCUGUACGGCGCCAUCACGUUCUGUGUGUUCGACACGGGCGGAAUCUAUCUCUCGGCGGCGGCGAAGCAACGUGCCGUGUCUUCGGCAUCGCCGGCCUCUUCAUCACAGUCCACGACUUCGUCGCCGAGGUUUUCUCACGCCGCGAAUAAGUUUGAGCUCGAGGAUGUGCCGUUCUCGACCCCGGGACAGCCCAAGCCCUUUUCGUUCGAUUACCCGGAGUAUCCGCUGUUCAAGCGACCUCGCGUCGAGGCGGCACCGCUCGGUCCAACGACGCCGCAUGAUCCCCUGCGGCUCGAGGUACCACAGGCCUCAUCCGAUAGGCUGUCCCCUUCUGGGGACCGACGUAAUGGCGGUCUGUCACCGACUGUCGCUUCCUCGGCCGCGAUCCUCGGGUCCUUGACGGGUGGUCCUCUUCUUAACCCAUCGACGUCCCCCGUUCAUCACCCGAGCCCGCAUCUGCCUCCGGUCCAAAAUCUCUAUCGGUCGCCGAUGCAGCCCCAGUCGGCUCCUUACCCCGCACCUCCUCAGCCCCACUACCCGUUCUCGCACCCUACCACUUUCGGCCACCCGCUUUAUCACCAGCACCCCCAUAUGCCCGCGCAGGUGUACCCGAUGUACCCUCAGCACUCAAUGGCGCCACAACAACAUCCGAUGAUGCACAUGGCCGCACCGCAUGGGUACCCGGGGUACCCGAGCCCUUCUUUGCCGCCUCUCGGGAACCCGUAUGGUACUGCGGGUGGUAGUCUAUUGUCGCACCAACCGCACCCCAUGAUGCAACACCCGCAUCUGAUCGGUCACACGGGUAGUCCUCAUCUCAAAGGCGAUGGCUCAUUACCGCCGCCUCGCACGGGCAUCUCGGAAGAAGGCUCUUCGACGCACGGGUCCAGUCUCGGUGCGGCGUCAGAUCCCAACGGCCUCAAUCACGGCGGCGCAGAGUUCCCCACCUCCACUUCCACCUCCACCGAAGGCGGUUUAUCUUCUCUGAACACAUCGACGUCCGUGAAGAAGGAAAAGGCGCCGAAGGUCAAGACGGAACCCGUGGCGAACAAGCCUGGUCCUGCGGCGUGCGAGAGUUGUGGGACGGCGAAUAGCCCCGAGUGGAGGAAGGGACCGAGUGGGAAUAAGAGUCUUUGUAAUGCUUGUGGUCAGUUUUGGGACCGGUCGGUCGCGGCUGGGCGGAACCUGAUCAAGUUACUGAUUUUUGAACCCCCCCCCCCACCUUUGUCCCUUUCUCACAGGUCUUCGAUACGCUCGUCAAGUCUCACGAGCAGCCAAGCUCGCAGCAGCUGCGGCGAGUGGUGAAGCGUUACCCAAGAAGGGGAAGAAGCCAAAAAAGGUCAAAGCCGCCGAAGCAAACGUCGUCGCCGCCGUCGCAGCGGGGGGGUCGCGUACGGUAGGAGAGGAGAGUUCGCAUGGCGCCGACACGUCGCUCGAUGACGGUUCCUUUUUCCAUGCUCAUACCGGACCACAUCAUCAAGAUGGAUCUUUGUCACCACAACUUGGGAAUCAUGGGGAUUAUCAAUUACCUUUGAUGCAAGCCAAUGGAGGAGGAAGACGGUCCAAUGGCUUCGAUCAUCAUCCACCCCCACCAUCUCGUCAUCAACCAUCUCAACCCCAUCAACAGAUGCAACAUCAACAACACGAUCAGCAACAGCAACAUCAUGGACGCCAGCACCACCACCAACACUCGCAUUCGCACCAUGACUUUUUUGGGAAUGCGCAUGCGCAUGCGGGUUUCGAAGGUGAUCAAGGGCAGGGGGAACAUGGGGAGAGAGCGGCGGGUGGUAAUGGUCGAAGUCGAGGUGGGGAAGGACAGGGACAGAAACAGGGACAGGGACAAGGGCAGGUUGGAUCGGGGUUCAGGAGUUAUGGUUUCUGA